AUGACAGGAUCAAGGGUCAAACCCAAAGAUCAUCAUCUCUUCUUCUUCGUCUUCACUCUUGUUCUCUCCUCUGCCAUUGUUGCUCAAUCUGAUGAUUGCGUCUACACGGCUUACGUGAGGACUGGAUCGAUUUUCAAGGGAGGAACGGACUCGAUCAUUAGCCUAACCCUGUACGAUACGGAUGGGAAUUUUGUGGAGAUCCCUAAUAUGGAAACUUGGGGAGGUUUAAUGGGGGAUGACCACGAUUACUUCGAGAGGGGAAACCUUGACAUCUUCAGCGGCAGAGCAAAGUGCUUGGAGACACCUGUGUGCGCAAUGAAUCUCACAUCGGAUGGAUCGGGGCCUCACCAUGGCUGGUACUGCAACUAUGUUGAGGUUACAUCGACGGGAGCUCACGUCUCCUGUGCACAGAAGCUCUUCACGGUAGAGCAGUGGAUCGCUCGUGAUGCACCUCCUUAUGAGCUCACCGCUAUCAGGAAUUACUGUCCUUACGAUCUUAAGAACCACAGGAAGCGGCAUCAGCACCAGAUCCCGUCGGUGGAGGACUUGAUGACUGUUGUGUAA